AUGAAAAAAGUUCAUACCGUCGUUGGCGGAUUAGAUUCCAGCAUUGUUGGUCUGAUAAUUGCUGCCACUUCUCUGGGGGCGUUGAUCUCCUUCGCACCAGCCUCUUAUAUCGCUGAUACAUGGGGACGCAAGACGUGUGUUUUCAUUGGAUCCAGUGCGGUGAUAGUGGGUGCUAUCACUCAAACCGCAGUCCAAAACCACUGGGCCUUUUUUGGCACCAGAGUCUUAUCGGGUAUAGGGAUGGGCAUCGCCCAGACUGCAGCUCCUCUCCUGGCAACUGAGAUCGCACACCCUCGGCAGCGACAUACAGCCACAGCCCUCUAUAAUGCAUCCUGGUGCCUGGGCACUAUUAGCUCGGCAGCAGUCACGUAUGCAACCAUAGGCAUAGCAAGCAGUUGGUCGUGGAGAGUUCCUUGUCUGCUACAGAUUUCGUAUCCGCUGUUUCAGAUCCUAGGGUUGAUCACGUUUGUGCCCGAAAGCCCGAGGUGGCUUGUAUCGAAAGGCCGGAAAGACGAAGCCCUGGCUGUACUGGGGAAAUACCACGCGAAUGGAGACCUAAAUGACGAUUUGGUCCAGCACGAGUACCGAUUGAUCUGCAGCACGAUCACAGCCGAGAUCACCAACACCAGGAAUUGGAGCUCCUUCUUCUCCUCAAAAGGGAACAGGCACCGUUUGACCAUUUGUGUAUUAGUUGGGCUCAUGCAGGAAUGA